GAAGUUGCGCGAGCGCCUGGUUUCCGGUUCCGUCGCUCUUCGCUCUUCUCUCGCCAGUGAAGUGAAACAUGGCGGAGGCUGAGACUGAUCGAGAAGCUGCGACUGCUCUCUGCAGCGAAUUCCUCGAUUUCUCUGCCAAGGACACCGCUGCGAAAUGGCUUCAGGCGACAGACCUGCCCAAAGAUGUCUACCAGCACCUGGCUUGCUAUGUGCCCAAAAUCUACUGCCUUGGGCCCAACUUGAACCCUCAGAGUGAGGACCUGCUGGCCCAGCUGCUGCUGCAGGCACCAAUGGAGUGGUACCUGUGUGGAGAAGAGCCUUCAACCGGGUUGGCCAAGCUCGAGCAGAACAACCAGCCUUCUCAGCUCUGUGGUCACGUCUUUAAAGUGGGCGAACCCACGUACUCCUGCAGAGAAUGUGCAGCAGACCCAACAUGUGUGCUGUGCAUGCAGUGCUUUCUAGGCAGUGUGCAUAAGGAGCAUCGUUACAGAAUGACAACCUCUGGGGGAGGGGGGUUCUGUGACUGCGGCGACACAGAAGCAUGGAAGAAGGGUUCUUACUGUCAGAAACAUGAGCCCAACAUCGGUGACUCCUCCCAGGAGGAUCCACUUGCCAGUCUCUCUGCAGACAUGAUUGCUCGUACAUAUAAUAUCUUUUCUAUCAUCCUGAAAUAUGCUGUGGACAUGCUCACAUGGGACAAGGAAGAUGAGCUCCCUCUAGGCCUUGAACCACCGGAGCGUGGAGACACCUAUUACUGCAUGCUGUUUAAUGAUGAGGUGCACACUUAUGAACAGGUCAUAUACACGCUACGGAAGGCUGUGAACUGCACACAGAAAGAAGCGGUCAGCUUUGCUACUACAGUGGACAGAGAUGGCCGGAAGUCUGUACGUUAUGGGGAUUUUCAGUUCUGUGAACAGGCCAAGUCUUUUAUUGUGCGAAACACAAGUCGUCAGUCGAAGCCCCUGCGGGUUCAGGUCAUGCACUCCUCAGUGGUAGCGCAUCAGUGUUUUGCUCUCAAAGCGCUCUCCUGGCUUGGCCAUAUCAUCAGAUACUCAGAUGCCCUGAGGAGGAUCCUGUGCCAGGUGGGGCUACAGAAUGGCCCUGAUGGAGAGAACUCCCUUGUUGAUACUUUGAUGCUCUGUGACUCCAAAAUGUGGAAAGGGGCAAGGAAUGUUUACCACCAGCUAUUCAUGAGCAGUCUCCUUAUGGAUUUGAAGUAUAAGAAGCUAUUUGCUAUUCAGUUUGCAAAGAACUAUGAGCGCUUGCAGAGCGAUUACGUGAAGGAUGACCAUGACAGGGAGUUCUCCGUUACUGACCUGUCAGUGCAAAUUUUCACCGUGCCUUCCCUGGCACGGAUGCUGAUUACAGAGGAGAACCUGAUGACCACAAUCAUCCGCACAUUUGUUGAUCACCUGAGACAUCGAGACUUGCAGGGACGAUUUCAGUUUGAACGCUACACUGCACAACAGGCCUUUAAAUUCCGCAGGGUCCAGAGUCUUAUAGGAGACCUCAAAUAUGUCCUGAUUAGCCGUCCGACAGAGUGGACCGACAAUCUCAGGGAGAAGUUUCUGGAAGGACUUGAUGCUUUCUUGGAGCUGCUCAAGUGCAUGCAGGGUAUGGACCCAGUAGUGCGACAGGUGGGCCAACACAUAGAGAUGGAACCUGAGUGGGAGGCAGCCUUCACGUUACAGAUGAAGCUCACACACAUUAUCUCAAUGAUGCAAGAGUGGUGUGCCAGUGAUGAGCGGGUGCUAAUCGAAGCCUAUAAGAAGUGCCUAACAGUUCUGACUUACUGCCACAGCGGUUUUACUGACGGAGAGCAACCCAUCACUCUUAGUAUGUGUGGCCACUCGGUGGACACCAUCCGCUACUGUGUCUCACAGGAGAAAGUCAGCAUUCACCUACCCGUGUCUAGAUUGCUGGCAGGACUUCAUAGUCUCCUUAGCAAAACAGAAGUGGCUUACAGGUUCCCUGAACAGCUACCUCUGAGUGAACUGAGCCCCCCCAUGGUGAUUGAGCACCCACUUCGCUGCCUGGUUCUCUGUGCGCAGGUGCAUGCUGGGAUGUGGAGGAGAAAUGGCUUCUCAUUAGUCAAUCAGAUCUACUACUACCACAAUGUGAAGUGUAGGCUUGAGAUGUUUGAUAAGGACCUCAUGAUGCUCCAGGUGGGGGCUUCCAUGAUGGAUCCCAACCACUUUCUGAUGAUUGUGCUCAGUCGUUUUGAGCUCUUUCAUAUCUUCAGUUCAGCAGACUGCAGGAAAAGAUACAACAGAGAGAAUGCUAACAAGGAUGUAGUCCAGCAGAACAGCACUUUAAUAGAAGAGAUGCUUCACCUCAUUAUAAUGGUUGUGGGUGAGCGGUUUACACCAGGCAUUGGGCAUGUCGAAAGCUGUGAUGAACUAAAGAGAGAGAUCAUUCAUCAGCUUUGUAUUCGUCCCAUGGCUCACAGUGAGCUGGUUAAAGCCUUGCCUGAAAAUGAGAAUAAAGAGACAGGAAUGGAGAGAGUCAUUGAUAGUGUUGCAGUGUUUAAGAAGCCGGGAGUGACUGGUAGAGGUCUGUAUGAACUCCGCUCAGAAUGUGCCAAACAGUUCAACCUCUAUUUCCACCAUUACUCCAGAGCUGAUCAGUCCAAGGCAGAGGAAGCUCAGCGAAAGCUUAAGAGACAGAAUGGAGAGGACCCAGCUCUGCCUCCGCCAGCCCUGCCUCCAUUCUGCCCACUGUUUGCCAGCUUGGUAAACAUUCUGCAGUGUGACGUGCUGCUUGGCAUGCUGGGAGCUGUGCUACAGUGGGCUGUGGAGCCCAGCGGAGGACACUGGUCUGAGUCCAUGCUGCAGAGGGUGCUGCACUUGAUAGGCAUGGCUCUGCUGGAGGAGCAGCAACAGCUAGAGAGCAGGGGUGAUGACAAUGAAGUUACCUUCAAUUUCACCCUCAAAAUCUCCCGUCCUGGUGAAGCCCCAAGCAAUACUCCCAGUAUCCUGGCUCUGUUGGAGACCUUGCAGAGCGCUCCUCACUUGGAAGUGCACAAAGACAUGAUUCGCUGGAUCCUUAAAAUGGUGGUUAGCAUUAAAACGAUGCGUGAGCGCACUGCUGCUGCACCUCCCUCUGAAGGAACAGGGCACUGCCAAGAGGAAACUGUGCGGGACAAAGACAAAGCAGAGAGAAAGAGGAAGGCAGAGAUGGCUAGACUGCGCAGGGAGAAGAUCAUGGCUCAGAUGUCGGAGAUGCAGAGACACUUUAUCAAUGAGAACAAAGAGCUGUUCCAGCAGAGUUUAGAGGAGCUGGAUGCCUCUGCCUCUACAUCAGCAGAGCACAGCCCCAGUUCAUGUGACAGUGCUCUGGUGUGUGUGGGACCUCGUCGUUGGCGUGCCAGAGGCGGAGAGAGGAGGCAGGUAGUGACGUGUAUCCUGUGUCAAGAAGAACAGGAGAUCAGACCCGAUGGCAGAGCCAUGGUGCUUGCAGCCUUUGUCCAACGCUCUACAGUCAUGUCCAAGAACCGCCAAAGACCCCCACACAAGCCAGAGAGCUAUGAUCCCCUGUUCAUGCACCCUGACCUGUCCUUUGGUACCCAUACCGGCAGCUGUGGCCACAUCAUGCACUCUCACUGCUGGCAGAGGUACUUUGAGGCAGUGCAGGCUAAGGAGCAGCGCAGACAGCAGAGACUGCGUGUGCAUACCAGUUAUGAUGUAGAGAAUGGGGAGUACUUGUGUCCACUCUGUGAGUGUCUCAGUAACACCGUCAUUCCUCUCCUGCCCCUCACUAAGACUGACUGCAGCAGUAGUGAGCAACCAGGUCUGGCUCAUUGGCUGAAUACUACCUGCCAGCAGAUCAGAGCUUUGCACUCGGCUCAUAAGAAGGCCAAGCCAACAAAUGCUGGUGAGACAGAAACUGUGGAGGACUAUCCUCCUCCUGAGGGUUUCAGGCUGGACCACACUCCAGUCAACCCUUAUUCAAACUCCAUAAGGGAGAUGCUGAUAACAUUUGGUACAGCAACUUAUAAAGUUGGCAUUAAGGUGCACCCUAAUGAGCAGGACCCUCGUGUUCCUAUCAUGUGCUGGGGCAGCUGUUCUUACACCAUCCAGUCUAUAGAGAGAUUAUUAGUAGAUGAGGAGAAGCCUUUGUUUGGAAGUUUACCAUGUAGACAGGACGACUGUUUGAGUUCCCUGGCUCGGUUUGGCUCUGCAUGCUGGACUGUCUCCUCUCACUCCACUGUGCAAAAUCACUUCAUGCGACUGCUGGCGGCACUUGUUCCUGAUCCCCAGGUGGAAAGUUCCCCCUGCAUUCUGGAUGUGGACAUGUUCCACUUACUGGUGAGUCUGGUGCUGUCCUAUUCAGCGUUACACUGCUUAGACUCCUCAGGUCUGAGUGCGGACACUGCACAGCUGCAUCUCCUCCACUUGGUCAUUGUGGCUCACCUGGUCCAGAUCCUCCUCACCUCUGUGCCAGAGGAGCUGACCAUGGAGCAGGAGAGUGAAGGAAUGGAGCGGGAGGAGGAAGAGAGUGUCUGUCUACUCUAUAACACCCUAAGGACUCAUGUAGGCUGUAGCCUGCGUGAGGUUAGCUCGGGUUGGCAUCUCUGGCGUUGUGUAAAGGCAGGCAUCCUGCCCUUCCUCAGAGGAGCUGCUCUGUUCUUCCACCAUCUCAAUGGAGUUCCCACUCCAUCUGAGCUCCAUGCUGUAGGUGCUGGUGAAUGGGAGGCGCUGUGUGCAUAUCUCUGUCUGCCCUCCAACCUGCUCCAGCUCUAUUAUAAUCACCGGGAGCUUCUGGAUCCCCUGCUUCAGGGGUGGUGCUCACAUCCAGGAAUGCAGCAUUGUCUCCAGUCACCUGAAACCCUUAUAAGUUUUCCUCGGGAAUCCAAUAAGCUCAUUGAUUUGCCAGAGGACUACAGUGCACUGAUCAACCAAGCUUCCAGCUUCACUUGUCCUAAGUCAGGUGGCGAUAAGUCUCGUGCUCCAACGCUGUGCUUGGUGUGUGGCACGAUGCUGUGCUCUCAGAGCUACUGCUGCCAGACUGAGCUGGAGAGUGAGGAUGUUGGAGCAUGUACAGCACACACCUUUGCCUGUGGAGCUGGUGUUGGCAUUUUCCUCAGGGUGAGGGAGAGUCAGGUUCUCUUCCUGGCUGGAAAGACUAAGGGCUGUUUUUAUGCUCCCCCAUACCUCGAUGACUAUGGAGAAACAGACCAAGGGCUCAGACGGGGGAACCCUUUACACCUGUGCCACGAGCGCUACAGAAAGAUUCAGAAGCUCUGGCGCCAGCACAGCAUCACAGAGGAGAUCGGUCAUGCCCAAGAAGCUAAUCAGACUCUGGUUGGCAUUGACUGGCAGCACCUGUGAUAUCACUUCCUGAGAGGUCCUGGAGUUUCUUGGCUAAUGCCAAAUCUAAACUAACCAGGGACCUGCACAUUUACGCCAGAGGUUGCCACAUCAAUGCCGCCUCUCGCACACUCCUUUCCUUCCUUAUGUUUCUUUUUUCUCCCUUUGAGUGGAUGAAUGCAUGGCUUUUUUUUCUGUCUUUUUUGGGAGGUGUUCUUACCUCUUACUUUAUUAUUUGAUCUAAAUUGAUAUUUAAAAAUAAAAGUAAAAAACAAACAUAUUGCCAAGGUAUUUAACUGCAAAAUGAUACUUUCUCCUGUAGCAUAGGCUCUCAAAGUAACUGAGAGAACUGAGAAAAGCUAUUUAAGUUCUGUCUGUCCCUGACACUAUUAACUUAUUUUAUGCUCUUUCAGCUCAAGUAUUGUUUACUGCACAGAUGCAGUUCUCAGAUUGCUUUAAUAUUGAAUAAUGCUGGUGUUCUCUCCAAGGCAAGCACAAUGUUCCUCAAUGACCCUUGGGUCUCAAUAGUAGCCAUAAUGGAAUGGCGCCAUCUUCAGGUCAUAUGGCCUACUCCCUUUCUCCCUAUUCCCUGUCACUGCAAUAUCUCUGCUGAGGGCACCCAGCAACUGAAUGCUCAGUGAAGCAAAUGUAAGCCAACCUGAGGAAAUCUGGGAGUGCACAAGUGUCACAUGUGUCUGUGAGUGCCUGUAGCGUGUGUGCUUUGUGUGCUUGUAAGGCCGGUGUGUUUAUAGUGUGAUGGAUUUAUAUGGUUGUCUAAGUGAACAGAAUUAAUUUAACACCGUUGUCAAUUUUGCAACCUGUUUUUGUUAAAUGUUAUUUAUGUGUAGCUUUGUGAAAAUUCAUCAUGGCAGACCUCCACUUUGGGGAAAUAUGUUUUGGAUUUUGCUUAUGUGGUUGAGGAAGCUUAUUACACCUACUGACUUAACGUGUGUGUGUGUGUGUGUGUGUGUGUGUGUGUGUGUGUGCACGUGUAGUUUCAGACAUUUUAAGUCUUUGAGCUACAACAGCAGUUUUGUUUAAAAAACGAACAACAAUAAAAAAAAUUUAAAAAAAACACAGAAAAACCUAAUAUACUUGCUUCACAUGUUGAUCCCAUGAUCCUCUAUGAUAAACAGAAUCAGGGGACAAACCAUGUGAUGGUGAUUUCUUAACAUUAAGUUGAUCAAAUUACUAACAUUGGCAGAUGUGAAAUUACUUCCUGCCUAAUGUGAUAAAGAAAAUCAAAUUACAAGCCCCCCAAUGUUAUUAGCAGGACUUCUUGAGAAAUAUCCAGGAAACGAAAGGGUGCUAGGGCUAAAUAUAAAAGUAUAAACUCAUGACUCAGUUUAAGUGACGGCAAGAUAUUGUCUUAGAAGUUGUAAUGAUUCUGAAGCUUAUUGACAUGACGUUGAAAAGUUGUGGAGUGUCCACUCAAACAGGACUAUUGUCCCGAAGCAUGUGUACGUGUGCGCACACACUCAAAGUCUCAACAGGGUUCCCUGGGGUUUCUCACAGUAAGCAUGUUUCCUGUGUUGAGGUUUAAUUGGAAUCCAGCGUCAAAGACUUACUUGUUAAUAUGUGAAUUAUUGUAUAAAUGGAUACAUUGUACAAUAUUGUAAAACAAAAAAAAAUAAAAUAAGAAAGGAAUGAGA